AUGAACCCUUCCAACCCACCUCAAGCUGCCGAGUAUGGUGGAGAUGAGGUGUCGGCCAUUGUCCUGGACCCAGGAUACUCAACCACUCGCGCUGGCUUCGCCGGUGAAGAUGCUCCCAAAUCACUGAUCCCCACCUACUACGGAAAAUACAAUGCCGACGGGCAGGAGAAGCUCGUAUAUGGCGACAACAUCUUUGUAUCCCCGCGACCUGGCCUCUCCAUUCACAACCCCAUUGGCAGGGAUGGGAUUGUCGAGGACUGGGAUAUGGCAGAGAAGGUCUGGGAGCACUCAUUUGUGUCGCGCCUCACCGGCACGAAAGCGGGAAACCCCUUUCAAAACGGAUUAAACGACGUUGACGAGCUCCCCGUGGAAAUGGAUGUGGAGUCAGAGGAGAAGCCUUUGUCGGAUAGCCCGUUGUUGAUGUCAGAGCCUGGUUGGAACCCGGCGAGGGCGCGCGAAAAGACCAUCGAAAUUGCAAUGGAGAAAUGGGAUACCCCGGCCUUCUAUCUCGCACGCACUGGUGUUCUUUCUGCUUUCGCUUCUGGCAAGCCCUCCGCCCUUGUCAUUGACAUUGGAGCUUCGAACAUCUCCAUUACACCUGUUCACGACGGCAUGAUUCUGAAGCGAGGCGUGCAGCACUCCCCGCUGGGCGGUGAUUACAUCUCAUCGCAGAUUAACGCACUUUUGAAAGCCAACAACCCGCAACCCAUCACAAUCACACCGCAUUACCUUAUCAGCUCGAAGUCGGCUGUUGAGGCGGGCCAACCGCCACAAGCGAACUACAAGACCUUCCCCCCAGACAAGGCACCUGAUGCCUCGUACCGUGCUCUCCUCGAGGAGCGCACACUCACCGAAUUCAAGGAAUGUGUCGUCCAGGUCUGGCCCGGUCCUACCAGGCUCUCAGCACCCGGUCCCACGGGUGUCUCCAACGAAGACAUGGCCCGGAAUACCCCUGGGCGUCCCUUCGAGUUCCCCGAUGGCUAUAAUCAAGUCUUCGGUGUCGAACGUUUCCGCGUGGUGGAGUCUCUGUUCGAUGCCAAGGCUGCUAUUCCCGACCCUGACUCGCCUUUCCCUGCCCCAACGCCUGCCCAGACUAUCCCAGAGCUUGUCAAAGCUUCUUUGGCCGGCGUUGACGUCGACAUCCGCCCCGCCCUACUGGCCAACGUCGUUGUGACUGGUGGAUCUAGCUUGCUUUACAACUUCACCGAGCGUCUGAACCAGGAACUCAUGCAGAUAUUCCCUGGCCCGCGAGUGCGCGUCACCGCAGCUGGUAACACAUACGAGCGACGCUUCGGCGCCUGGAUUGGAGGCAGUAUCCUGGCCAGUCUGGGAACCUUCCACCAGAUGUGGAUCUCCAAGAAGGAAUACGAGGAGCAUGGACCGAACAUUGUGGAGAAGCGUUGCAAAUGA